AUGAAUGUCCUCACCUGCUUUAUUCAGAAAGCAUUACUUAUUAUCUCUAAUGACCAUGACCAAGAUGCUCCAUAUUCAUUACCCCAAAUAGUGGUAGCUGCUCACAUUUAUCCCAUAUCGUCAGUCAUGCCUGGAGUACUAAAAGAGCCAAAAAAAGGGAUUUACCAAUUUGAUGCUAUAUCUGACUACUUGCUGCCAGGGAUCUCUCCUGAAGACAUACAAUGGGAAGGUGAAGAGCCUGGAAUCUCUCAUCAAGGAGGUUAUGGUAGAUCAGGUCAUGCGAUGAAUAGAUCCAUCGGGCGUGAUAGUAUUCCAGCUGCAGGAAGAGGUAGGGGGGUGUCAAAAGGUCAAUCCAGAAAGGAUUUUCCUCCAUCACAAAAUGGCAUAGGGAAGAAGGGUUCGGAUGAGAUUCAGUUACUUCAUACAGAUACUCUACUUAAGGAGGUAAUGGAGAGCAACUUGGUGGAUGCAAGUAUCUCUAAAUUCUUGUUUUCUUAUAGUUUCUCAUUGUCUUGUGAACUUGGACAGGUGGAGAAGGUCUUUAGUGCUGGUCUUCUGGACCCUGUGGAAAUUGAAAAAGCAAAGAAAGUACUGAAGGUCAGAAAAAACAACCAUGCAGUUUGGUAUAUUGUGCUUACAUUGUCAUCAGCUUGCAGGACAAGGUUUAAGGGUUUUUGUGGUGCAGGAGCAUGA